AUCACAUUUUGACUUCUCAUUAAUAUGUGCGGCAACAUAAGGAUGUGUGUGUUACUCAAAGAGGUUUUUACACAAAAAGUUUUCAGCAGCAGUCAUUUUCAGUUCUGUUUUAAUCUUUUCAUUUUGUGAAUAUGGCAGUACUUCACCUCCUCGUAUUUCUUUUUCUUCUGACCUUCAAAACAGGGUUCAGUGCUGACAUCCCUGUGUUUGUGCAGACGGGAGAUUCUGUUCAACUGGAUAUACAGACUCAGAAACUACCAGAGUUUGAUUUUUUAUCCUGGAUAAAUGAUAAAUCAAAGAAUAUAGUUAGAUAUAUAAGAGGAACUAAAGAAGUUAAACCUCACUCUUCCUACAAGGACAGAGUGGAUUUCAAUGAUGAAAGCUUCUCUCUCACACUGAAGAACAUGCAGAAGACAGACAGUGGACUCUAUACAGCCAGAACAACUGGAGAAUCAGAUAAAAAUAUUGUUACAUACAGAGUAUCUGUUAUAGACGCUGUGGAGGAUCCUGUUCUGACUGUAAACUCAAACUGGUUCAGUGGUAACUCCUGUACUGUGAACUUCACAUGCAGAGCUCAUGACCUCAAGAUAAACUCCAGCUAUCAGAACAACAAAUGCUCUCCAGAGGAAGUGACAUCACAAAUCAACACUCUACUCCUGCACUGCAGUGAGGAAUCAAUCAUCUGUAACCAUAGCAACCCAGUUAGCUGGAAAAAAGACAGAAUAAACAUCACCCAGCUCUGUGUCAAUAAUAAAGAAAACAACUCAAGUGACACCAAGACUGAGCCAUCUCUCCAGUUGUGGACAUAUAUUUUGGGGACAAUGUGUCUUUUUUUGGGAAUUGCAUCAUAGUCAAUCAACUUUUCUUUCCAUCAGUCAACAUACAGUAUUUUCAAUGAAAAACCGCUCGUUCAUCAGUUUGAUCUUUUGUUCUGAAAAAGUAAUUGAAAAGUAAGUUGAAAAUAGAUUUACACUUUUUUCUCAUUUCGUCAAUUUUAGUUCUGUAAAAUACUGUGUGCUACGCAUCAUCUUGAUCGACUCACACAUUAAAAAUGUAGUCUUUUCUUGGUAACACUUUACAAUACAAUACUGGUACACUAUGCAUUUGUGCUUUAAUGCACAGAUAAUCAAGUGUUAAUGUAUACAUCAUGGAGAACUAAUUUAAUAAUUACUAAUAAUUUAUUAUUAUUGCUUUCCUCAGAAUUAAACCUUUUCAAUAAAACAUGGAUAUAUCCAAUCCUUCUGCAACUGAAAUAAGUCUGAAUUGAUAAAUUAUUUUCUGACAGCAGCAAAGAUUAUGCCUUUUUUCAGUUGCUAAUGCCACAAGAGUCAUAUAAUCUUGACCACUAUUUCAAGGACAAUUAGGAAGAAAACAAAUAAAAACCUUUUAUGUAACUCAAA